AUGGAGAUCGAUAGAACUCUGUACCUUAACGGUACACUUGACCGAUACACCGAUGGCAAUGUAGCAGUGCCGCGCAUGUUUGGCAAAAUUGCCCUGGAGGAGGCUGUUGGCUCCAACAUCUGGGCUGCCAGCGGAACACUACCCGUAACGGACCAAGUGUCUGGCUUCUCAGGUAUACCCUUUGCCCCUUCCGUUACCGCCGACAUUGGAGUUCGCCUGUUUGACAUCCCAAGCCGCCUACAGUCCAUGGACGCGAGCGGUAUCGGCUAUGUUAUUGUCUCGCUCACAUCUCCCGGCGUCCAGGGUGUAUUUGACGUGAAAAAUGCCACGAGACUGGCGACGUUGGUGAAUGACGAGGUGUAUGCCAACUACGUCCAGGCGUACCCGGACCGCUUCGGCUUCUUCGCCGCGGUCGCCAUGCAGGACCCAGUGGCGGCGGCGGCGGAGCUCGAACGCGCGGUCGGUCUCGGGGCCAAGGGCGCUCUGAUCAACGGCUAUAGUCAGAUCGGAAACCCUGACAACUACACGGUGCGGUACCUGGAUGAUGAGGCGUGCGACCCGUUCUGGGCUAAGGUUUGCGAACUCAAUGUCCCGGUCUACCUGCACCCUCGUCCACCACCGCUUGGCCAACAGCUCCUCUACCAAGGUUACCCGAUGCUAGCGCACUCGGCCUACGGCUUUGGUACAGAGACGGCAGGGCACGCGCUGCGGCUGAUACUGUCUGGACUUUUUGAUCGUUACCCCAGCGUCCAGAUUAUCCUGGGCCACUGCGCAGAGGCACUGCCAUUUCUGGCCCAUCGCAUUGACACGCGUCUCAUGAACGGGAUCGAGGGCGCCGAUGGUCCUUACAGGCACACUGUGAAGUACUACCUGCGGAACAAUUUCUACGCCACCCUGGCCGGGGUGCGGAGGCUCGCUACGGUCAGGGAUACCAUCGAGGAGAUGGGGGAGGACCGUGUCAUGUGGAGUGUUGACUACCCAUACGAGAGCAACGAGGCGGCGGCGAACUGGUUUGAUUACAUCGAAGGGUUGGGCGUGAGAACGAAGGAGAAACUUGCGUGGGAAAAUGCACAAAGAGUCUUGAAUAUCGCGGCCAACAGAAACAGAUACCAGGUAGACCAGGAAUAUCUGUGA